AUGGGGACAUGGCAACAUCACGGAGAGCGGGACGCCCGUUAUCGCAUUAACCCACAGGUGAUCGGUUGCACUGUUCUGGGAUGUGGCUGUGAAGGUUUCCAGCCUGAGAAGGUCAACUUGAGAUCGUGUGGCCAGUGCCACCAUGGAUGGGUCGUUCAUGGUAAAAACAGGCUUUCCCUUCAACAUUUCAAAGUCGAGGCGGUACGAGCAUCCCAGGUGUAUGACAUCAGCAGUCUGCUGCUGUUCGGAGCCCAAGCGGUGCCCACACGCAUGAAGAUCCUCCUGGACCGCCUCUACAGUGUACUGCCCCCUGCUGACGUCAGGAACAUACUACACUCACUGGGCUGGACCCUCAGGGACUAUGUCAGGGGAUACAUACUGCAGGACUCUUUGGGUCGGGUUCUAGACCGCUGGGUGAUGAUGUCACACGACGAGGAGGUUGCGACCUUGCAGCAGUUCCUGCGCUUUGGUGAGACCCGGCCAAUCGUGGAGCUGAUGGGUCACCAGGCCCACGACCUCAACAUCGUCACGGCGACCAGGCCCAAUUCGGACAUCCGCUACUUCAUCGAGUGCAGCGGCCAAUCACGCAGUGCUGUGUCACCGUUGGGUGGGGCCGGCAACAGCUUGCACCAAUUUGAGAACCUGCAGGGGGCGUGUGUGUCCCUCCUCUCCCCUGUCCCGUUUGGUACACACACGCUCACACACACACCAGCGCUCACACACACACAGGGCCACGCCCGACUCAACAGCCUAUCAGAGCAGACACCAAAGAUCAACUCACCAAUCAGGGACAGCUGUGGCAAGGGAGGGAGUUUUGAUGUGGAUAGAGAGGUGAAAAGACACAAAGCAAGAGAAGGUGAAAAAGAGAGGAGAGGAAGUGGGGAAGGAAUAGGAAGCCGCGUCAGCUGCUCGGCCUGCGCCAAGACGUUCUACGACAAGGGCACGCUGAAGAUCCACUACAACGCCGUGCACCUGAAGAUCAAACACGGCUGUACGGUGCCCGGCUGCUCGGCGCUCUUCAGCUCGCUCCGGAGCCGCAACCGCCACAGCGCCAACCCCAACCCGCGGCUGCACUCCCACUGGAAGGUGGUGAGAGCCAAAAGAAUGGGGAACCAACCAAUCCCAGAGCAGCAUUUCCAGUGCGAGAGCCCGCCCGCAAGAGGCCACGGCGAAAGUCCAGCGCUCCAGUGA